AUGCAGAGCAAUAGACACAUCUUCUUCCGCUGGACCCCGAGAACCGCCCGCGUCACCUUCAUGUACGCCGUCUUUGUUCCAUUCGUCGUCGGCUACAUUGGCUACAAGACCGACGGUCUUUGGGAUCUCCGGGCGAAGCGCAAGGGCGAUUUGGUUUACGAGCGAUAG